GCAGGAGGCUGUUUAAAGAUGGCGACUGUCCCGUGCAGGUCGGUGGGUUUCGGUUCGCGGUUUUUCUGUCUGUUCUGAGGGUUACUGAGGGCCGCCGUCUCGUGCACUGAGCUCCGUUCAGACGUCAUGAGCUGCGCGUUCCCGGGCCCGGUAACCGGAUGCCUCGCGUGAACCGGACGGCCGUGCUGUCGCUGCUGAUCGUCAGCAGCUCCGUGUUCCUGCUGUUCCAGCUGUACUACUACCGCAAAUACGUCAGCAAGCAGCCCGGUCCUCACAUCCUGAACCCAGCAGGCCACCUGAGCGCCAGCCACGUCCAAUGGCAGACGUUGAAGAAGUUUCUGGCGUUAGCGCAGCAUUUCAAGCUGCCACUGUUCCUCGCCGAUACUGCCGCGCUCUCCCUGCUCUCCCAGGAUGCUUUGCGGCAGCGCGACUGGCUGGUGCGUGAGCCGCACUGCAGCUUUCUGUGCACCGGCCGGCCAAUCACAUCCUUUGCUCUGCACGCCAACCUGUGGAAGUACGACCCUGGCUUCUUAUUGGCUGCUGAGCAGAAAGGCUUCGAGCUGCUGGAGCUGCGAGGGGAGGACCCGCGACUGGCCAGUCUGGACACCCUAUCAGGAGAGGAGAUCCCUCUGCACUUCCUGCUGCGCCUCCAUAGUUACAUCAUCCAGGUUGCUCUACUGCUGUCCUGGAUGUCUCUGGUCCAGGUGGUGUUCCUGUACGAGCGCAGCGGGAACUACCUGUGGCACGGAGCCUUACGCCUUAAAGCCAACGUGGACCGAAGCUUCGCUCCCUUCAAGCUGCUGGACUACGGACGCCACGCUGGAGCUUACGACAGGCCGGAGCUGAUCCUCACGGUCCUUGAUGGCCUCGAUGUUCGAAUCCCACUGAACCUCACCCGCUUCCUACACCAGCAGCGCCACGCCCACUUCCUGGAGUGCCGUUACCGUGACGCCCGCAACUUCCUGCAGCUCUACCCUGACGACUCGUCUGCAGCUGCCGUGGAAUUCAGGAGGAAAGCGAAGUCGUUGCUUCACUUAGCUGCUCAAACACUCGCUCGCCUCGAAAUCCCGUUCUGGCUCAGCAGUGGCACCUGUCUGGGCUGGUUCAGGCAGUGCAGUAUUAUCUCGUACAGCCGUGACGUUGAUAUCGGGAUUUUCAUCUCAGACUUCAGGCCAGACAUCAUCACGGCGUUCAGAGACGCCGGCCUGUCACUCAAGCACAAGUUUGGGAAGGUCGAGGACAGUCUGGAACUUUCAUUUCAGAGCAACAGCGUCAAACUGGACAUUUUCUUCUUCUACGAGGACGGAGACGUCUUCUGGAACGGAGGGACGCAGGCGAAGAGCGGCAGAAAGUUCAAGUACAUCUUCCCGCGUUUCUCGCUCUGCUGGGCGGAGCUUCUCGAGCUGAAAGUUCGCGUUCCCUGUGAGACGCUCGACUACGUGACGGCGAACUACGGCGCCACCUGGAGUGUCCCGGUGAGGAGCUGGGACUGGAAGUCGUCGCCUAGCAACGUGCAGGAAAAUGGGGUGUGGCCUGUGGAUGAAUGGGCGGAGCUUAUCCAAGUUUACUGAGAGGAGGCGGAGCCACGAAGGAACAAGCGUGAUGAUUCGUUUUUACUGUUUUUAUUGUGUCUGAGCUGCAGCAGAACCAAUAAAGUCUGAGCUGAA